UACUAUUCGUUACCGUGGCGACGGGAACAGCGCGGCAGCGCGCGACUCGCGGAGACUAGCUUAAGAUGGCGGACGACCUGGAUGCGUUGCUGGACGAGGUAGAGAACAAAUUUUGUCGUCUCUCGAGGCGGGACUGCUCGGAGCGGCUCCGAGCCAGCCAGAGUCGGAAAAGGGACCGCUUUCUCGAGAAGGAAGAGGAGGCAGAAGCGGAGGCAGCCGCGGCGGGGGAGAGGGCCAGGUUUACCAAAAUAUUGACAAAAGGAGCCAGUGAAGAAGAGGACAUUGAUGAAAUAAUCAAGGAUAUAGAUGAAAGUACUUAUAUCAGAAAUUUCACAAAACAAACUCCUAGAUUAUUCAACUCAGCAUCUGAAAAUAAUACUUCCAUUCAAACCCAUGGUAAGAAAUGUUGCCCAGUAUACCUUGGUGGAAGCACUGCACCACAUGGUAUUGGAACAAAUAUUUCACAGAGAACUUGUGAUCAGUUACGUUGCACUGCAUGUGACUUCCGUGUUUUGCAUUAUAAUGACUAUCAAUGGGAUAAAUCAUGUGAUUACCUCUUUUUUAGGAAUAACAUGCCUGAAUUCAGCAAGUUGAAAACAAAGAUGCUAAUGAAGAAGGGAUCACGGGCCUAUGCCUGCCAAUGCACUUGGAGAUCUAUAGAUGAAUUAACAGAUCUCACUAUGGACCGACAACUCCGUUGGGUUUGUAGCAAACAUAUUGGCUGAUGUUGGCUUGCUUUCUGCAGUAUCCACAUCUGUAUGAAAAUCAUCUGUUCAUUGCUUGGCAUCAUGUAGGGUGCACCGAGGAUGUUCUAUGUAGAUCUUACUGCUGUUCCAGUAUAAAGGGAGCACUUUGCCUCAUAAACCUACUAAUUUGGUUACACCUGCCCAGAGGCUUCACUUCUAAUUGCUGAUAGAACAAAACUACCAUAGGAAAAUGGUUUUAGUUAAAUGUUACGUUGAUAAAGGUCUUUGGAUUUGUUAGCUCCUUCAAUUAACAUCAACAAAAGAAUAAUAAAACUGAAAUGAAAAAAAAGACAUGAAAUAAAAUAUUAUUCUUUGACUAGAGCAUUAGUUUAAUAUAAAAAAUCUGUUACGGUGUCUGAGAUUUAAAAUAUUCAGGCACAAUAUAUUUCAAAGGAGAUUCUGACAAUUCUGCUUUUAUCCAGCUGUUGUUAUAGUCAAUUUAAUUCAAACCUGCAGUAUUAUCCUAAAACUUAUAUCAGAAGCUGAAUUAUGCAAUUAAAAUACAAUAGGCUAGUUAAAACUGACAAGACACUAUAGCUCAAAAAUUCUGAAAAGCAGAAUUGCUAGAUACAAACCAUAUUCAUAAUGUUGUUUCAGUGCAUACACACUGGCACUUGCUUCAAAGUAAACAUGUUGAAUUGGGCUAUACAGUGUUUAUGCUCAUCUCAGUAUCUGGCCAUCUUGCAAAGUUUUUCUAGUAAUGAGCAUCAUUAGUAGCCAAAAGGUUUUCUGAAAUAAUAUUUUGAAUCAGCUAUUCUUUGUGAAACAUAUAAGUAUGCAUAAAAUUAGAUGGAGGAUACCUUCAUUUUACAGUUGCUAUACAGCAUUUAAGCUAAUCACAUUUGAGUGUCUUACUUAAAUCUAAAAAUCAAAAUAUUUGAAGGUUGUCUUGACUUACUGUAUCUGUUUUCCUCUUCUGAAAAAAAUAAUUGCAUCAUGAUUUGCCAUGUUGUAUUGACCUAAUGUGUCCUAAAUGUAAUUGUUUAAAUAUUAUUUUUUUCAACUUAUGAUAUGUCACAUCAUGCAAUAAUGUGUUCAGUCAUUUUAUGUGGCACUGAAAAUUUAGAAAUGGAUUGCAAUUUAAAGAUUUAUAACAUGCCAAUAGUACACAAGAUGACUGAGCUAACAUGCUAAAACGAUAGCUAUUGUUCAUUAUCAGAAGCACAAAUACAAAUAGAUGACAUUGAUUUCAGUUUUUUUUAAAUAAUAUUGAAUAUAUUUAGAAUUAUAUCAAUAAUUUUGGCAUUGUAAUACAAAUUAGACAAAUAAAAUACAUUUAGAAUCAUAAUAUAAAUAAAUUAGUAGUUAAAACUACAACAAGAAAAUUGGCCCCCUUCAGAUUUUUUUUUUGGUAAUGCUACAAAAAUUAAAGCAUAUUCUUGGUAUUUACAAUGAAAAUUAUUUUGUUUUUAUCAGUUGCUUAAUUCAUUUUUGCUUAUUGAUGAUACAGUAUUACUUAGAUUAUAGAAUGUUCUAUAUAAUUGCACUAUUAAUAAUAAAAUAAUAAUACAGAUAAUACAAUAA